AUGAAGGAGUUCUUGAUUUACAAUAACAAGCUAAAAAGUGUCGAUCAUGGAAUAGAUGAUGAUGGCAAGUCUUUGCCGCCUACUACACAUAGUCUAUUAUCUUCUACUGCAGAAAGCAACGAUGUUAAAAAUGUAGAUGCGAAGAUCAAAUUGAAGGAAAACCGCUUUCACAAUGAACCUAGGAACAAAAAAGGAGGAACCGAGGGUUCUUUUGAUAUUCGCUCGGAUGGAUUAGAACUCGAAGCUCGAAUCAACAAGCUUAGGAAAGAAAUUGAUGACCUAAAGGCCUUAACCUCCCCUUCUCUCUGUCUCUGCAAAAAACCAUUGCCCACUGGACCCAAUUUUUCAAUGGAGAAACCAAAAGACACCAUUGUUGAAGAAAGAAAGGAACGUAUGGUUUCACUCACUAGCAAUGCAGAACCAACACUAAGAACAGCCCAUUUUCUCAAGCCCUCAAUUACCUCCAUUGGUGAAAACACUCCUAAACACCCUUCAGCCUCUAAUUAUUUUUUGCCAUCAACUUUUGAACCCAAAAAUAUUGCAUUUCAUGGGUGGAGAAGCCCACAGAAGAAAUGGAAAGAAUGGGUUGAUAAAAUGGUUGCUUUGCAUGAAUCAACGUGGAAGAAAGCUGGAAUCUAUGAAGCAGUUCUGAGUUCAGUUUACCAAAUCAGAAGAAACAAUGAUUUGCUUCUUGGGUUAGCAGAGAAAUGUCCUCUUGAAACAGAGGAAUUGAAAGGUGUUGAGCGGAAGCUUAUGGAAAUCAGAAAAGAGUUGGGGCGGUCUAAAGCAAAAAAAACAGACCAUAGUUACCCACUUAAUGGCAUUUCCAAUCAUCUUUUUCCAGUUGCUGUUCGUUUAGCUCGAGUGCCAAGACUAACUAGAUGGCACGAUGUGAAUAGUUCAAUCCUUGGGAAUGUAAGAUUGGCCUUAGAUUGUGAAGGAGGUUUCCAAUGGCGCCCUUAUACAACGGCUGUAAGGAGUUUGUGUUACAAAAUUUAUGGUGAUGAAGAGAAGUGGGUGUGUGUUGAUGUUGAGUUAAAUGAAGAAUUUAAGUCCUUUGGUCGAUGCUUGAAUGCAUGUGAAUUAGUUGGAGUAGGGUGUAUAGAACAGAUCUGUCCACAUCGAGUGGCUAUGCGGUUUGGUCUAGAUCAAGAUCUGUCGGGUCUUCUAGAGAGAAGCGAGUAA